UCGCCAGAAGGGAAUUUAGUUGUGUUGGCUGAUAAAAGAACGUUGUGAAAGUAGAUGUGAGAGUUUUUCAAAAUGUCAACGGCUUUGGUAUCAUUUUGUGAUUUCAACGAAACGUUUUACAAGAACAACAUUUCUGCGCAUAAAGGGUCUUUCCCGCUGGACACGAGGCGUCUUAGUUCUCCACCACUAUGUGUAACCGUUUCUAGACGGAACUCUGCUAGUAUCAUCCCGGCAACGUCUACACCUAUUUCGAUGCAACAAAAGCCGACAAGUGGAGCACUCUUACCGGUCAGUUCGCCAGAAGACGUUAUUUCUAUGACUAUCACGGAACAUCAUAAGCUUGACCGCAGUCUUAGCGAGCCUGUUUCUCAGUCCAAGCUCAUACAAGCCAACUCUAGUCGUUACAAAACUGAAUUGUGCCGACCAUUCGAAGAAAAUGGAACGUGUAAGUACGGAGACAAGUGCCAAUUUGCUCAUGGAUUUCAAGAAUUGCGUACCCUCGCCCGUCACCCAAAGUAUAAGACUGAACUGUGUCGUACUUUCCACACUACGGGGCUUUGUCCGUAUGGACCAAGAUGUCAUUUCAUUCAUAACAACGAUGAGUCAAGAAGAUAUAUGCUCAACCUGCAAGCGGGAAUGAAUCCUUCGAAGACGUCUCGAGCAGGACUUAGCUUAAGUCGACCAAAAACUCUUUCCCUUGGCAGCUACAGCAUGGGUUCCGCCGGAGAAUUGUCACCUCCGUCCAGCCUAAGUGCCAGUCCAACUUCACUUAACAGUUUUUUUACGGAUGAUAUGUUAGGAAACAUUCCUUCAGCACCGUACACAGCAGGGCCAACCCUUGGUUCCACAUCUUUUCCCUUCUCCUAUGAUUUUACCGGCCUGAUAUCUCCAGUGAAACAGCAAACCUCGGCAUCAACGUUUGGUGGUUCCCAGCCAAGCCUCAAUCCUAUCGUUGCUUCCAAUGUUAACAGUUUGGGUGACACAUUACCAGAAAAUAUUAUGUAUUCUUCUAAUCCAUUGUUUUCUUUGCAUGCACCACCAUCACCUGUAGAUUCUGUGAGUUCAGAGUUGGGCGGAAGCCCCCGGGGAGCCAUUUGCAGUUCACCGUUGGAUGUAAGUCGAAACCUUUCACGGUUACCUAUCUUCAGUAAACUGUCUCAUCUCGACACGGAUUAAAUAUUCUGUAUUUUUACACAUGUGAAGGGGGGGGGGAUACCGAUACUGCUCAACUCCAUGGAUGAUUGGGACCAAACUUGCUCUAUUCCUGUGUACAGUUCGGAAAUUGUUUGUAUCAAAUUAGUGUUAAACUUAAGUUAUCUCAAAUUCUUUAUGUUAGUGUAUCUUCUUCGUAUGAAAUGGUUUACAUUAGUCACACACACAAGUCAGAACCGAAUUAGACCAGUAAUGUAUGUAAUUGUAACACGUUUGUACACUAUAGAAUACUGUCAGUAGCCAUUGUUAUAUUGUUUGCAAUCAAGUCAGACGACGUAAAAUGUCGUCGUAUUGAAUUGAUUGCUAAUGUCACAUAGUAAAUGUUUGAUUCUUUUUGUUCAUUUUUAUUGCUAGCUAUGCAUAUUACACGAGAAUGUAAUCGUAUACAUUAGUGAAAGUUAAAAUUUGCAUGAAUGUGUUAAUUUUCCUAUACUGAUGUGUUUGUUUAAAGCUGUUAAUGUCUUGAAAAUUAGUUAGGCCUAGUUAUCACUGUGGUUUUUAUCCAGUAGAUUUGGUUUUUAAGCCUUAUUAAUGUAUGUCUUACAAUUUAUGUAUCGUGUAUUUAAGUAACUUAUUUAUUUUUAAAUAUGCCUUCGAUGGUAAUUUAAAAUAUUAUAAAUGCUCAUAUUUGAUAUGGUAAAUGACAAUAGCUUAAGUUAACUGUUGAUGGACGUUGCGUACCGUAUCUUAGAAAGUAAUGCCAAAUAUUAUUUUGGGACAAUAAUGACAGGAAGAUACAACAAUGUCGAAGAAUUGUGGAUCUCCCGAAGGGCAAAGUCUGCCCAAAUUUUUUAAGUCGCACAAGAGUUUGUCAUAUUAUAUACUGAAUAUGGUGCGUUGUAAGGUGCCUUAGUCCUUCUUGUCUUCCUCUAAAGUAAAGGUAGAAGUGGACCUAAUAUUAUAUUUUAAUUUAAAAAAAAUAUUGUCUAUAUGAACCUAAUCUUGUUUUUCAUUUACUUUGAAGAAUAAAAAUAUAUAUAAAGCAUUCCGUAAAGUAUAACGAUAAUAAUUGACAAAUUACAUUUAAUACUUGUAUUAUUCGUAGGUAAUACAUAGUAAAGAGAAUAUGGUAUAUCGAAAUUGGAAAUGCAUAUUUUUUUUUCCUAAACUUACUUUGUAAUAGAGUGGUUUACAAAUGAUAAUAAACAAUUAUUUUCGCCAUAUCGAA